CCGAAAUAAAUUGGAUUUGUAGAGCGAGAGAGAAAGGGCAAUUCCUGUUGGAGUUUGGGGGAAGAGAAAGAAAGUAGAGAAGCCACACCAACUUCCGGCGAAACACAGUCAGCAAAAUGGAUCCGCCGCCGGUACCGAUCCGGUGGCGCACAACCGCAAUCCUAUUCCUCGUCGUGGUUCUCUUUCUAAACAUCAUCUCUCCUUCGCUCGCAAUCUACUGUGACGAAGAUGAUUGCUACGAUCUGCUUGGGGUUUCUCAAAGUGCUAAUGCUUCCGAAAUCAAGAAAGCUUACUACAAGCUCUCCUUGAAAUAUCACCCAGAUAAAAACCCUGAUCCAGAAUCACGAAAGCUGUUUGUUAAAAUUGCCAACGCUUACGAGAUUUUGAAGGAUGAGGCCACGCGUGGACAAUACGAUUAUGCAAUUGCGCAUCCGGAGGAGGUGUUUUAUAAUGCUGCACGUUACUAUCAGGCAUACUAUGGACACAAGACGGAUACUCGUGCUGUGUUGGUCGGCCUUCUGCUUAUUCUUUCAGGUUUUCAAUAUCUAAAUCAAUCGACAAGGUAUAAUCAGGCUAUAGCUAUGGUCAAGAAGACGCCCGCGUAUAAAAAUAGACUAAAGGCAUUGGAACUUGAACGCAGUGGAGGGAUUACAAACAAGAAGAAGAAUCAAAAGAAUAUGGACAAGAAAACGGAGGAAGACCUCAGCAAUGAACUUGAGCUGCAGAUAACGGGAACUGAAAGGCCCUCUGUAUGGAAACUUGUUGGUGUCCGCUUUGUACUUUUACCUUAUACUUUUGGCAAGCUGCUGUUGUGGUCUGGCUGUUGGUUUUGGAGAUACAAGGUGAAAAAGUACCCUUAUUCUUGGGAUGAUGCUUCUUAUCUGACACAAAGGUCCCUUGGUAUUCCUCACGAUAGAUGGAGAAAUAUAGAUAAAGCAACAAAGGAAGAUCUUGUGCUAAGACGCUUAUGGGAGAAAUCAAAUCUGGAGAGCUACACGGCAGAGAUGCGGAAAGAAUCAAAGCGCAGAAGAUAGCGGCUUUAGUUGCUUCAUCUGCUGCUUUUAAAGUACUAAAUUUUAUUUUACUUCUGAAAUUGAACUGGACUACUACGCUAUAGUAUAAAAUCCAAAUGGUGCAAAUUGAUUUUUUCCGGGUGACUUCUCUUUUUUGUUGGGGCGGGGGGAUAGAGCAUAAUUAUUCAUGACAACCACAAAAUCGUGGAUUUAUAAACAAAUGUAGUAAGUUUGUUUACACAUGCCAUUUAAAUGGGUUGCUCUCUAACAGUCUGUAAACACCAAAGAAUACUGGUUUAGCUAUUGCUUUAUUCUUUCAAUGAAUUGGGUUCUUACAUG